GUCAAACAAACAAGUGAAACAAGUAUUACUAUGUUGAAAUAAAUAUUAUUAAAUACGAAUAUUAUCAUCGCAAGAACUGAUACUGAUAAAACAAGAUAAUAAUAACAUUUUUUUGAUGUGGAACUGGAAGUAUUGAACAUAAAUAUAUAAACAUAACUUAAUAUCCUUCGAAAAUAUGUUGAUCAGGCGGCUAAUUAGAGGAAAAAAAUUUAUAAAAUACUAUCCUAUUUUAUUUCGACGCCUAUAUGGACGUGAAAACAAUGAUUUUUAUGAAAAUGAUAACAGAAAACGUGACGUUGGUCGUACCACUGCGUUUGUUUUAGGAUCAGUACUUAUUGCUGGAGCAGUUAAAGAGCAGCUACAAAAAAAAGAAAAUGAAGAAGUGUUACCACUGCCAAAGGAGAAAGUUGUGGUGGCUGGAGAAAAGAAACCCGGCCUGCCCACAUUCACGGCAGAGGAAGUCAGCAAACAUGAUAGCAAAUCUAGUUUCUGGGUGACGUACAAGCAUGGCGUUUACGACGUGACCCCGUUCCUGGCGUCACAUCCGGGCGGAGAGCAGAUCUAUAACGCAGCCGGACUCAGCAUUGAGCCCUUCUGGAACGUGUACGGGAUGCACAAGACGCCGGAAGUCUUCGCCCUGCUCGAGUCUCUGCGGAUUGGUAACCUGGCCGAUGCCGACGUGGCUGACUACGGCGACGACGAGCUCUGGGCGAGAGAACCCUACCGUGACCGACGCCUCAUACUAAAGACCGCCCGCCCGUUCAACGCCGAGACACCGCCGAAGCAACAGGUGGACCAUUUUGACACACCCAAUGAGUUGUUCUACGUGCGGCAACACAUGCCCGUACCAGAGCUGGACGCACGCACGCACCAGCUGCAGGUAAUGGUGCGACUGGGAGAGGGAGAGCGUCGCUUCCAGUUCAGCUUGGGUGAGCUGGAGCAGUUCCCUUCGGUGACGGUGCGCGCUGCUCUCAUGUGUGCGGGCAACCGGCGCUCUGAGAUGAACGCGCAGGUCAAGCCGGUGAAGGGCCUAUCGUGGGCGGGAGGCGCCAUCAGCAACGCAGUGUGGGGUGGCGUACGGCUACGGGACGUGCUUCUGCACUGCGGCUUGGGAGACGUGGAUCCCACCGACCUGCACGUCAUCCUGACGGGGGCAGACGUAGACGCGACGGGCGUGAACUUUUCGACGUCGAUCCCGCUACAUAUGGCGCUGGACCCCACCGCCGACAUCCUGCUCGCGACGCAAAUGAAUGGUACCGCACUGCCGCUCGACCACGGAUAUCCGCUGAGAGCCGUGGUGCCUGGAGCGGCCGCCGUACGCAGCGUCAAGUGGCUCGAAUCGAUUACGAUAUCGAAAGAGGAGAGCCCUUCUCACUGGCAUCAGAAGGACUACCGUUCGUUCAACGCUUCGAAGACCUGGGAGACAGCAGACUUUAGCACGGCACCGCCCAUCUAUCAUCUGCCCGUCACGUCAUACGUGUGCGAGCCCGCAGACGGCGAGUACGUGCCCGUGCGGGAUGGACACGUGCUUCUGCGAGGUUACGCCUACUCGGGCGGUGGUGCCAAGAUAGUCCGUGUGGACGUGAGCUCAGACCGCGGCCGCAGCUGGAGCGAGGCCGAGCUCCAGACUGACAGCGCUGCGCCGCGUCGCCACUACUCUUGGACGCUAUGGAGCCUGCAGCUGCCGGUGCAGCCUAGACAGGAGGAUGUGGAGAUUUGGGUAAAGGCAACAGACAGCAACUUCAACACUCAGCCUGAGACAUUUGAGAACAUUUGGAAUAUCCGUGGUAUCCUCAGCAAUGCAUACCACAGGAUACACAUACACUUAAAACAUGAAACCUGACAUCAAGGUACCUACAAAUAGAUUGAAUUUAUUGCGAAAUGAUGCAUCUGUCUGUCUUGUCAUUUAUAAUAACUAAAUCCAUUCCAUACUUACCUUAACAAAUUCUAAUUCAUAUAUUUUUAUUCAAUAUAGGAUUUAAAAUCAUUUAUUCAAAAUCUACCACUGCACCACAUUAUGAGAUGAUGCUAAAAGUUAAUAGAAAUGAUUUUACUUUUUAUGGAAGGGUUCCUAUACUCUUGAAAUAGUUUCGCCUCUCUUUAGGGAUAUCUUUAUUCCAUUUCUAAAACUAUAAAACUCUUCUAGAUAUAAAGAAAAUUCAUCUGUUUUUUUUGUAUUUGGAGAAUAGUGAAAUCCCAAAAUACCAAGUAUUUAAAUUUAGGUAAGACUGUUGAGAUAUCUCAAAUGCAAACAUGCUCUAAAAUAUCAGAACUGCUAAAAUGGAUUGUUUGUGUGUGUAAUGCAGUAUAUCUGUCAUUGUGAGUGGUCAAUUUUAAAAGAUUACAUGUAGCAUUGACAUAAAUUGCUCAUUUGUCAUAUAAGAUUGGAUAUGUCAUGGGAUACCAUAAAGAAAUUCUUAAAAUUGGUAAAAAAUUAAGUUUUAUUUAUAUUUUUUUAACUGCCCAUUCCUAUAUUUCUAGAUAACCAGAUUUAUAUUUCAAUGUGGCAAUACCUUAUUUAUACUGCCUCUUAAAUUCUACUGCUCAUAAAGUUAAAAAUUAUCACCUAUUUAACAAAUUAUCUUAAAGAUAGUAGAUUCAUCUGAUACAGAUAUUACAUUACAUAUAUAUAUAUGUGUAUCAUCAGUAUUGUCACUAUUAUUCUAUUGCACAAAACAGCCCCAGAUUAGAAUCUUACAAGAUCCAUGACCUUGUACUAUAUAAAGAUAAGUGUUUCCCAAUUUUAGAUUUUUUUCAGCCUUCAUAACAUUAUCAUCAUUAGUGUAAGCUAGCAAACUAGUCUUAUUAUUAAUACUACACAAUGGAAUAAAUUUUUGUUAGUGAUAGAUAGACUUUUGUCAUUAAGAUGUUAUGUAAGUUAUGAAACAAUAUGUGAUAAUUGUGUCAUAGACAAUGAUCAAAUCAAGAGGCUUUUGUAAAUAGCUUAUUAAAUUAUUUUAUAGCAGCAUAUUAUGUAUAUAAAAUAAAAUAAUUUUAAAGCA